GAACAUGGCGCGGUUUGUGUUUGUCGUGCUCGCGCUCCUGGUAGCGCAAGCGGUUUCAGAUGUCGUAGAAUAUAAUGUCAGGCCGACGAAAAUCGCUGACAAGACGUUCCUACAACGGCAGAUGGAAUUGUCUUCCUUAUUUUACCACGUAAAUGAACCAAUCUACGAUCCAACAUUAAAGACCAUAGUCGAGACUUUCGACUUAGAGAAGAAUGUCGAACAAUUCAAAAAUGUAACAGCACUGAAGAUGUUCUUGAAAUUACAAGAAUACAACAUGCUUCUGCCCAAAUCUGUUCCCUUCAACAUUUUAGAGCAGUCUCAAAAGUUCGAGACAGUUACAUUGUUCAACUUGUUGUAUUCGGCUAAGGACUACAGUACCUUCUUUAAAACUGCCGUCUAUUUAAGACAGCGCAUAAACGAGGGACUAUUUGUGUACGUGCUGUCCGUUGCCAUAAUGCAUUACCCUGAAACUCAAGGAAUUGUUAUCCCACCAAUUUACGACAUUUUCCCGUCGUACUUCCACAACGGAAAAAUAAUGAGCAUCGCUGAAAGAAUUAACACACAUGGAAAGAAUUUCGUAAGCUACUACCCACAAACAUACGUGUGGGAUGAUAAUGUUGUGAUCAGAUGGAACUCUACAGUUUGGCCAUACGUUGAAGGUGACCAUAUUCGUAUGGCAUACUAUUUGAACGACUACGCAUUAAAUGCUCUUUAUUAUAACAACUACAUCACUUUCCCUUACUGGUUAAGUGGUACCACUAAGCCUCUGAUGAAAUACAAACGUGGAGAAUUCUUCUGGUACUCCAUCAAGACACUCUCAACUCGUUACUACAUGGAGAGGUUAUCAAACGGUCUCGGUGAAAUUUCGGAACUGGGCUUGGACGUUGUUCAAGGAGGAUAUUCUAGUGGCUUAGUAUACGAAGGUGUACCACUCGCCUCUAGACCAAACCAUUUCAAUAUGGAUCAACCCAAAUUUGUUUCAUAUGUUGAAAGAAUCACAGAACUAGAAAGCCGUAUCCGUGACGCCAUCGAAGUCGGUUACCUUAUUAGCGCUAGUGGUGAGAAGAUUGAUCUACGAACACCAGAAGCCAUCGACGUACUUGGAAAAGUAAUAGAAGGAAACGUAGAUUCUCCUAACCUAAAUUACUAUGGAAGUAUCUUUAACGUAUGGAAACAAUUACUUGGUAACUCUAUCGAGUCUAACAAGAUGUACUGGAACGGACAAGUUCCACUGACUAUUCCAUCUACAUUGGAAAUUUACCAAACAACCCUCCGUGAUCCAGCGUUCUAUAUGAUUACGAAGCGAAUUCUUAAAUUGUUCACAUUAUGGCAAUCCUACCUUCCUCUGUACAAACCAGAAGAAUUAUCUUAUCCCGCAGUCACCAUUCAAAAAGUAGAGGUAGACAAACUUGUCACGUACUUCGAGAACACCUACCUUAACGUGACCAACGCUAUGCCCAUGAACGAAAAUGAAAUUAAGACCGGUGCAGACCAAGUCAGUGUGUUGGUUCAGCGUCCACAGUUAAAUCACAAAGUGUUCAAGGUUCGCGUAAACGUCAAGAGUGAUGUCGCCAAGACUGUUCUUGUCAAAUUCUUCUUAGCACCCAAGUAUGAUAGCAAGGGCUUCGAAAUUCCCCUCCAUCUCAACACUGAGAACUUCUUCGAUUUGGACACAUUCACAUAUGAAUUGCCACAAGGAGAGUCGGUCAUCAAACGUGACUCAACCGAGAAUAUGUACAUGAUUGACCAAUGGAUGUCCGGUUUUGAAGUAUACAACAAGGCAUUUAAGGCUUUCAACGGAGACGGACAAUUUGUUCUUGAACCCAAGAACUACUUCCAUGGAUUCCCUCGUCGUCUUCAGCUUCCUAAAGGUCGCAUUGGUGGUAUGCCAUUCCAGUUCCUAGUCUACAUCCAAGAGUACCAUGAACCAAAGGCAUCUGUCGGCAAAGGAGUAAACACUGAAGGUACCUACGGUUACGGUACUGGUGCUAACCGCAUGAGUGCCUACCCUCUUGGCUUCCCAUUAGACAGGCCGUUGUACGAUUGGCAGAUCAAGCCACUCACCAAUAUUUUCAUUCAAGAAGUUCAAAUCUUCCACAAGCCGGUACCUGAAAUAUUUGUACCCAAUACUGUAUAUGUUUAAAGCCGUCCGAUAGAGAUUGAAGUUUGUUUUACAUACCAAAGGGAAAAACUCAUGUAGUUUAUACAUCUAACGACUUUUUUAUUUUGUAUCCGU